CGGCCUCCGCAGCGCUCGUGGCUCUAAUAAAUCAAUCGCAGAUAUUUACCACGUUCUGCCUUCUACCCGGACAUCGCUGCCAAUAUAAAUAGUCCGUUUCGCUUGAUUCCUGUUGAGCUGCUCGCUCUUCAGUCGUCAUGCACGGAUGGAUGGAGAGAGAAACGAACAGAAUGAAAGAAACAGACAACAGAAGGCAGAGAUAGAGAGGUCAGAACAGCCAGACUUUGGUUAUACAAGAGCAUCAGACAGACGAACAGAUGAAAAGAAGUGUUGCUGUCUCUUAUAUGUCAGAGAGAGAGAGAUAGAGAGAAAAUGCCAGCCUAGACAAACACUGCUCAAAUGGACAUUCUACCUGCUGGUUUUGGCCAACAAAAUUAGGAUGACCUACAAAUGGUUUCUGUUUCUCCCUGGUGGGCUCAUGUUCCUGAUCUAGGGUGGGGGGGCAUCGCCCCGUUCUGCCAUGAAAGGCUACACCCCCCAGCGCACCCGUCACCUGUCCGACUGCGAGCCGCCCCGUUCUCCCAGUCACCUGGACCCUCUGUACCCCCCUUCCGCUUCUUCCACUCUCUCUCAUACACCGUUUCUCCUACCAGCAGCCAUGGACCACUACGGAGCCCUGGAUCCGCAUCACUUCUCCCCGUCACCCAGCCCUGGAGGCCUUCCGCCCGACUGCCUGAUGCCCCUCAACAACCAGCUGUCCUCCAGCAGCACCUUCCCCCGGAUCCACUACAACUCACACUUUGACCAGGGCGACUUCGGGCACACAGCCGACAACAUUGGAGGAAUCGGCACGGGGACACUGGGGACGUCUAUGUCCAUGGGAAUGGGACUUGGAGUGGGACGGACCGCCAUGAUCACAAGCGGAUCCGCAACUAUUUCAGGGGCAGGAAAGAUGAACCGGUUGCCGCCCAACCUCCUGGACCAGUUUGAGAAACAGUUGCCAGGGCAACAGGACGGCUUCAGCACGUUACAGUUUCAUCGCAGCACCGCGGUGACGACGACCAAACAGCAGCAACAGCAGCGCACGGACAGUCCGGGAAAAAUACGCUACUUAGUUCACUCCGUCCAGAAACUGUUUGCUAAAUCCCAGUCGCUGGAAAACUCCGCCAUCAAGGGAAACAUGAACGGCCGCAACAGCAGAUCGUCAAGCAGUGAUGACAAACACCAUCGGAGCAAAAGCAAAGACCGAGGAACGAAGAGCGAAGCAACGGCCAAACGGAGGCCACGAUCCAAUAUGUCUGGAUACUGGAGUUCUGACGAUUUGGACAGUGAUAUAAGUAACUAUAGGAACCCGAUGGCCAUGAUGACUUUGGGUCGGCAAGGGGUGGGAUCCGGACCGGGGCCGGACGGACAGGUGGCGUCCAGGUACUUCAUGCAGGGCUACAGCACCAUGAGCGAACACACGCUCAAAUCCUCAAAGAGUAACAGUGACCUGAAGCACCAGGGGCUCCCUGCACUCCCGGGACCUGGUGGCGGCGGCGGAGGUGGUGGGGGGGUCGGACAAGGCAGAGGACCGAUGUUUGACGGAAACUUUAGUAAAGGGGGACCCUGGUCCACGCUUACGUUAGGACCCAGCAGACAGAUGUGUCAGAAGGGCUCGGCCACGCUGGAUCGCACCCUGCUGAAGUCCAAAUCCGUCCAGCAGGAUCUGGGCUGCCACUUCCUGCAGGUGCGCGGGAGGAUGCCCUCCACCGGUGACUGGAUGGGGACUUUGGGCAGAAGCGGGCCCAUGGGCGAGAUCCCCUGUAGACGGAUGCGUAGCGGCAGUUACGUCAAAGCCAUGGGCGACCUUGAGGACAGCGACGACUCCGACGGGAGUCCCAAACCCUCGCCGAAAACCGCCGCACGGAGGCAGAGCUACUUGCGUGCUACACAGCAAUCACUAAGUGACCAGUUCCCCUCAAGAAACCGUCUGCUGGAUUACUCGAUGCUGCAGGGGGAUCUGGAGGCUCUCUGGUCCCCCCUCCACAGCAUCACCACCCUGCAGCAGAUCGGACGCUCUGUCAGCUGUCUUCCUUCCCUGCGAGAGUUCUCUGGGAAUCGCAGCCUGGAUAACCUGGAUUGCAUCGGAGGCAGUUCUCCGUUCCCAAACUGGGAUGACGAUGACUUCAGUCAGGGCUGCAGCACGCUGGGACGCGGCAGCUGCAUCAGUCAGGUGCGAGACAUGGAGUUGAGCCAGCAUUAUGGAGACGAGCUGGAUGACAUGCAUCCACACUCCCGAUGCAGCGAGCCUCCCGACAUGCCCAUGCCCACAUGCUUCCGCUCCCGUAGCCAUAGUUACCUUCGUGCCAUUCAGGCAGGCUGUUCCCAAGACGACGACACAGCAUCAAUGGAUUCUGAUUCACCGCCGCCCACGACGACAACGACCGUACGCACCUACAGCAACAGCACCGUCUCCACGUGUAUGACCACCUGUAAGAAGGUGGCUCCGCCUCCUGUUCCCCCUCGCACCACCUCCAAACCCUUCAUCUCCGUCACCGUGCAGAGCAGCACCGAGUCGGCGCAGGACUGCUACCCCGACCACCACGACCGCAAGAGCGAGGUCAACAGCCAAUCAGGACGCAGCAACUCCUCCGACAGCCUCGACAGCACGCGGGCCAACAGUCUGGCCAAAGGCACACGACCCCAGCUUCCUGUAGCGCCGCCCCGCGAACCCCAGAUCCCAGCGGCCGUGGUGAUCUCUCCCAACCCGCUCCGAGAGUCCCAUAAUGAGCAGGUGAAGGGCGAAGCGCUCGCUGCGGACGAACACCCUAUAGACCCCGUCCCCCGACGGAAACUGUCCUCCAUUGGGAUUCAAGUCGACUGUAUUCAGGAAAUCCAAGCUAAAGUUGAGACGCCACCAUUGGCCAGAUUCCAGUCGAUCGGAGUUCAAGUGGAGGACGGCUGGACUUUCAGCCGCUCCAGUAGUAUGGCCUCUCGGCAAGAGACGGACUCCGACACGCAAGAUCUCUCGCUCACGUCGCUGACGUUCCCGUCCAACUCCAAACACACCGAGAAGAAAGUCAUGGUCAACAGCGCCAGCCAAUCGGUGGACUCGCCUCCCCAGCUCUCCCUCGACAACGGUAACCAUGACAACGAUGUCGCGGUGACGACCAGCGGCCCCUCCCGACAGAUCCUGACCAAUCGCUCGACCACGCAGAGCAGCUCGUCGUCCUUCUCCGAGAGUCUGGAUCCGGCCCUCGACCCGUCCUCCCUCCCGCCGCCCGACCCCUGGCUGGAGAGCGGGAACGGGACGGGGAACGGAGGCCCCGCCCAGCCGCUGACGGCCUCCACGGGUGCGACGGCGUGCCGGCGGGACGGUCACUGGUUCCUGAAGCUCCUGCAGGCUGAGACGGGACGAAUGGAGGGCUGGUGCUGUCAGAUGGAGAAAGAGACCAAAGAGCACCAGCUCUCAGAAGAGGUUCUGGGGAAGGUGCGUAGUGCGGUGGGCAGCGCUCAGCUCCUCAUGUCCCAGAAAUUCCAGCAGUUCAGAGGCCUGUGUGAACAAAACCUGAAUGUGAACGCAAACCCGAGACCCACGGCUCAAGAUCUGGCCGGGUUUUGGGAUCUUCUGCAGCUGUCAAUAGAAGACAUCAGCCUCAAGUUUGACGAGCUUUAUCAUCUCAAAUCAAACGACUGGAAACUGGAAGGAAACUCACCUGAGAAGCAGGAGAACCAGAAACAGGCUCCUCCGGUGCCCAAGAAGCCCGGAAAGAGUAAACCCGCCCUGGGCCGAGAGAAGAGCAACGACACGGUGGACAAACAGAGACAGGAGGCUCGCAAGCGGCUCAUGGCGGCCAAGAGAGCUCAGUCCGUCAAGCAGAACUCGGCCACCGAGAGCGCCGACAGCAUCGAGAUCUACGUGCCCGAGGCCCAGACGCGGCUCUGAGGAGACGGACGAGAUGCACACGAAACAAGCUCAAGGGCUCCGGCGUCACACACAACACGAAAAGCUGCUUUUGUCUUUUGACGGCGACGUUUAAUAAACAGAGGUGAGAGAGGGGGACGGAAACGACGCAGUGCGAACAGAACACUUUUUUGGGACUGCCAAGGAAAACCUCACGACGAAUCUUACUAGUUGCAAUUAAUAAUAUUAUUAUUGGUAUGAUAAGACUGCUAUUGAUAAUAAUUAUUGUCCUAAACUCUAUCAGAUUGUUUUAAAUGUUCUAAUAUUUUGGAUAAGAACUCCUCUAAUGUAGAAACACACACUCGCGUCUGUCGUCCAAUCCACGUCUUCCUGUUACACGCUUCGGUUUCUGUUUUUCUUCCUCUCUUCCUUCACGAGAUGCUCCUCGUCUUUUAUUAACAGUUCGAUGGAAGCGAAUAAAACGCUUUUCUCCAGCCGGCUGUGAACGUCACGCCAGCUGCUGGUUGAUAAACAGACGUCGUGUGUUUCAGGUCAGACAGGUGGCGCUCUUCCAUUUUCCAUGUUUUGAUGUUUACAAGUCAUGCAUUGUAGUUUAUCAAACGAAAGCUGUGUCUCCAUCUCAGGUCCUGAAGUCUCACGGUUGUCGAGUUGUCAUGAGUCUAAACAGGUUUUCGAUCCCAGCAGUCCUUGUUAUUUCUCCUUCGCUUUAAGGAAAGCAACCUAACCUGGUGUUUUAUUGAAUGAAGUGCCUGUGGAUCAUUAUUGUGGGUAACUUUUCGACCCUUGUAGCAAUAUCAAAGAUUAUAAUAUCACAAUUUAAUCAGCACUCCCUUAAACACAUAGUGUAGAUGCUUUAUGCUCAGUUUGAUGGUGUGAUAAAACUAAAUAUGAUUCUUCACUCCAUUUUAUCAUUCAGUUUUUCUUUCAGACUGCACAAAUCUGUACUCGUACUCCCGUUUUUCUCCCGUUAGUUUAAAUGUAGUAUCCAAUAGGACCGAUUUGACUAGAUAACGUUGACUUUUCUGUAACCGCUGAUCAGGGAUUUUGUAACCACUUAUGAAAAUGCCAGACUUUCACAACUAAAUUCACAAAUACAGGCCAUAUGAGAAAUAUGCCAUGCACAUUUGAUGUCCAGACUAAAAUGGGACUUAAUUUGGACUGAACUGUUAGAAAAAGGCUGAACACGUCUUUAUGCAAAUUAAGAAAUCUACAUACCUACUCGAUCUAAUAUUAAUGCAUUUUCAUUAUUUCAUCCCUUAUAUACUUAAUCUUACUUCUGAUUUUGUCCAUUCUAAAUUUUAUUGCGUGUUUCAUAACUCUUUCCGCACACUACUUUUAAAACAUUUGAGGUCGGUUAGAUUUAUGUUUUUAAAUGUCUUUUCUGCUCUCCAAGGCUGCAUUUAUUGGAUCAAAAAUACAGUAAAAACUGUAGAAAUGUGAAAUAUUAUUGCAAUUCAAAAUAACUAUUUUCUAUGUGAAUAUAUGGUAAAAUAUAAUUGAUCAAAGCUGAAUUUCCAGCAUCAUUACUCCAGUCUUCAGUGUCGCAUGAUCCUUCAGAACUCAUUCUAACACAGGGUUUCCAGGUUUUCACAACAAAACCUGCCCAAUUACUUCUCAAAGCUAGCCUAAAACUACCCCAGUUGUGUUUCGAGGAGAGUCCCUCGUUAAAAACCGCAUUCCGGGGGCUAAGUAUGAUGUUAUUGGGGUCAUUUAAAACCACGGACAUAAAAAAAACAACCUGCGGCAACAGUGUUUAAGUAGCCUAAAACUGCAGGACUUGGCAACACUGUUUGAAUAUGCUGAUUUGCUGCUUAAGAAAUAUUUCUGAUUAUUAUCAAUGUUGAAAACACUUGGGAAUAUUUUUGUGGAAACCUUGAUGCAUUUUAUUUUUCAGGAUUCACAGAUGAAUAGAAAGUUCAAAAGAACAGCAUUUCUUAGAUCUAAUAACAUUGUAACAUUGUAAAUAUCUUUACUGUUACUUUUGAUCAAUUUAUGCAUCCUUACUGAAUAAUAGUUUUCAUUUCUUUUUUAAAAAAUCUUACUGAUUCUAACAUUAUACAUUGUUUUUCAUCACAUACACUGUCAUGAACUCAUGAACUGUUGCAGCUCUGCAUUCAGUGGCAAAUGUCCUCCAAAUCGGCUCAAACUGUCGCUCCACUAACAGCUCAGUGAUUGGCUGCUAUUGUUUGUCGUCCGUCCGCUGAUGGUGUGAAUUGCAUUUCUUCAGUUUUCAGCCUCUCCCGGUCGUUCGCUCCAUUUGGUGUCUGUCGGGUCGUUGACGCCUGCUGAAUGUCUGACAGUCCUCUUAUGUUCAGCCCUCCAAAUGUCUGACAGCCACAGAUAAACCCAGAAUGAUGGAUCAGAGGAUUUGAAUACUUACAUCCUGUGUUUAGUUAACUCAAGGCUCAGAUGAACCACUAACACACAUCACUCCUCUCAUGUGGGAAAUCCGAUUUGUGACCCUGGACUUUUUGUAGCUAUAGGCAAAAAUACAGUGUAUGGGUCAAAAUGAUAGAUUUUUCUUUAAUGCCAAAAAUCUGUAAAUUUCCUACCGUAAAUAUAUCAAAACUUAACUUUUGAUUAGUAAUAUGCAUUGCUAAGAACUUCAUUUGGACAACUUUAAAGGUGAUUCUCUCAAUAUUUUGAUUUUUUUUUGCACCCUCACAUUCCUGUUUUUCAAAUAGUUGUAUCUCGGCCAAAUAUUAUCCUAUCCUAACAAACCAUACAUCAAUGGAAAGCUUAUUUAUUUGUAUAUGUAUGUAUGUAUAUUUCUCAAUUUGGUUUUGUGGUCCAGGGUCACGUUUAUUAAUGAUUUUCCAGCCUUUGGUACUGUUUCUCCAAUUAAACCUGCAGAGAUCAGAACAAAAGUUCUACCAUGAUGCGUAAAUAGAAUUUAAAUAAAAAUUUGUGUAAAUUCUAUAAUUUAUGGUGUUUACACAUCAUGAUAGUUAUUUCAUACUACCUUUAAUUUAUUUUGAAAUAAUUUAAUUUACUAUAAUUUAUUUUUUAAAUGCGUUACAAUAAAAGAAUGGGGGGGAAAAAACAAUGUUAAAAUGACCAUGUUCCUAAAAUAAAAUAAAAUAAAAUAAAUGGUGGCUACCAUUUCCAUCUAAUAUUUUAUUUGGUAUUAUUUUUAUUUUAUUUUAUUUUCAUGAGCAGUUGUUCACCAAAUGCCUAACAUUGGAGUUUUAAAUCUUUAUGUGGUGAUCAGACGUUACUGUCAGCAUUAUCUGUAUUUACACAACAGCAUUUCUGUUUAGGGAUUCAGUAGGUGUAAGUUUUAUGCUUGUAUUUUGACAUACUAAAGUGUCUCAGAUGGAAACCAAUGCUCCUGCAGGUCGAAUGUUUUAAGCACACUGAGAAAUACAGACAAAUCAACCAACACCAAUGUUUGCAAAAAUACUCAAAGUUCUGAUUUUGAUAUGUUAUGGUCACUUAUUUUUAUUGCCUCAGUCUUUUUCUAUGAAAGCAUCAUUGUAUCAGUUGAAUGUCUUAUAUUGUCCACCUGACAACCUGUGUUUUCACUGUCUAACGUUUUGGUGUUGUGAAAUUGAUUUUCACAAUUCAUUUCCCAAUCUUAUACGUUCACAUGUGAUCUCGAUCAUGUUUGUGGGCUUCCCUGAGGACGGCGGCACAAACGCGGCCCUCUCGUGGAUCGCAGAGAGAGAAACAGUGUUUAUCUCCUCAGCACACCUGGAUCUGGAACAGCAGAUGCGUUUCAUUUGCAACACAGGGAUUUGUGUUCUGCGCCUCUCUGUUCUUGCUGCUUGGAUACUAGAUAAACUCUUUUAUACACCGGUUAAGUGACUGAGCAGUGGCGUAACACAACGGCGGUCAGGUUACGACCCACAAACCCUCUCUUAUCCGGGGCGAGACGCUCUCCGCGUCGACCUGACGUGACGCUCUCUCACUUUCUUCAGCUGUUUUACUAGUUUUUUGGGGAGUCGUCAAACAAUAAAUCAUCUAAAUGCAAGAGUUUGUAGCAACAAGAAUUAAGAUUAUUAUUAUUAUUAUUAUAAAGAUUGAUAAUCAAUAUUUUAUGAAACAAGCACAUAUUUUACUGACUAGGAUUUGUUCAAUAUGUCUAAUGCUAUAUGAAGUUUAGGCUGUGUAUGUCAGGGUCUUUUGUUUAGUAAGAAAUACAGUAAAUCUGAGUUAAGUUCAAA